AUGAAAUAAUCUCAUUCUAAAAAGAAUCUAACAAGCAGUCUUUAUAUUGCCAACAAUCAACACACUGAAUUAAUCGAUUAUCUCAAACAGGAAAAUAAACAAUUAACUGAGUAAUUGAAUGAAUUGAAGGGCUUGCUCUAAUUAAAUAAGAAGGCAUUGAGAAUCAUGACACCUCAAAAUAACGAUGAAUAAAAUAAAGCUUUAUUGAUGGUUAUGAAAAAUUUGUAAGAAGAAAAUGCCAAAUUGCAUAAUCAAAUUGACAAACUAAUCGAGGAAAGGAAUCAAGCAUAAAAUUAAGUAUUAAUAAAUUAAUAAAUCACUGAAGAAGCUUAACGACAUGAAAAAGAAUUAAUCUUAUCAUUAUAGAAUAAAAUCUAAACCUUAUAAAAUAAUCUCAAUAAAGCUGAAUAACAAUUAAGCAAAAUGGAAUAACUCAAACCUGAAUACGAUGAAAUUUCAGGCAUUGUUAUCAAAUACAAAGAAAUUUGUGAACCUGAUAAAAUUGCUAUCAAAUUUCAUAAUCAAAUUGAAUUACUCACAUCUCAACUAAUUUAAUAGAUCAAGAAGAACAAACUCACCGAAAGUGAAAAACAAAAACUAUAAGGAUUUAAUUUAAAACUAAUGAGCAACCUAGUUCAAAUGAAAAGUACAGCUAUGACUUAUCACGGCAACAAGCUCAUCAUUCAACAGUAACAAACUCAAUAAGGACCAGAACAAUUGAUUAAAUUCUAAAACAACUUGUUAAAUGUUAUGAACAAGGAAGAAAAUGAAGAUUCAUCCUAAAAUGACAACAAUUCAUCCGUUGGCAGUUCACCUUUGAUGUCCCCAUUACCAUUAAAACAAGAGAAUUAGGUCGCGAAACAAAUGAAGGAAAUCCCGAAGUUAGAUCUCACUAAGGCAAAAUAAAUACAAGAGAUCAAUGCUAAGAGACAGAUCUAAUAGAUGUAGGAUAUGAAAAAGUAGAUCGACCCUAACGUUGUUGAAAAAAUUAAUAAGUAUGAGAGAAUGAUAGAGGAGUUAAGAAGGAACUAUCAAAGAGAGAUGUUGCUAAAUAAGACUCUCGAAACUGCAAAUAAUGAAUUGCAAAGAAAUUGUGAAGAUUUAGAAAGUUAAAAAUAAAUACUCAUAAAUUCAAAUUUAAGACAUCAAGAGAAAUUACAGAAAAUCAAUAAACAAUAUUAUUUUCUCCAAUAAUUUUACAUCAAUAAUAAGGAUCAAAUAACUACCACUCAAAGUCACAAUCGAAGAUUUUCUCAAAGUCCAACUGAAUUAUCUUAGGAUAUGAUUCUAGACACUUCUUUCAUCGAUGCGAAUGGAGCAAUAAUUUCGAAUGAAAUACAAGAACAAAAAUUUGUAUAAUAACAAAUGCUGUAACAACAACAAUAAUAACAACAAAUUUAGUAAUUCUAAUAAUAAAAUUUCUAUUCUUACUAUGUCCCUAAUAAUUUGGAAGAUUCAAAAAAGUUCUUAUUGAGUUUGGCUGAACUAAUUUAUUGCAGCUUGCAGGAAAGGAUAGAAUAAUUGUAACAACAGGAAUACAAUUGCCAAGUAAAUAAGGAACAGAGAUUCAGAUCUGUAAGUGAUAUAAACGAUUAUCAACGCACAGGACUUUAGAAAUAUAAUUAUUUUCAGCAAUUAUGA